AUGUUUGUUAGCGAGCUCAAAAGCGGCAUUGACUGCCCGGGUAGCAUCAAUAACAUCUUCGGACCUCUGCUCACAACGCAACAACUGAACACUAUCUUAACCACUGCACUACGAUAUCCGACUCUCCUUUCACUGACCUAUCAAAUGGAUUACGAUCCGGAGAAGCCGCCCUGCCCCUACAAGCCGGGCUUCAAGGUGGGUAUCAGUCGGGUCACUCCUCCACUGCCUUACGGCAAGAUUGGCAUUGAUGUGCACGGCUGGAGGGACCUUCGAUGGUGGUGUGUGGACAUCUACUCCUCUACCCAGACCAGAGUCGUGAUGGAGUAUCCGCCCCUGGAUCACGACAACCGCCCCGCCGACCCUGCCUGGUCUGGCGAGCCCACGGCCUGGCUUACCAUCAUCAGGACCUUGGGUGAGCGGCUAAUCGACGCCGCGGACGACGGAUCGUCUGUGACCUGCAGGAGCGGUCCUUGGAUCGUGGUUUGUUUUGUCAUUCCGAUAGACCCCCGCGAGGUUCCCUUCGAGGCUGUCGCGAAGAUCUAUGACCCGUUAUACUAUCCCUUCGGCGACCAGGGAUUGCCCUACACGCGCGUUAAUGUUGCUAAGCUGGCCGAAGUAGACUUCACCCACGAGGCCAAUGCCCUCGCUCAUCUCCAGACGAAGGGCCAAUCCGGGCAUGUCGGCUUGUCUUGCCCGGAGUACUACGGGGCUUGGAGUUACAACCUGCCCAUCACCUACAGGGGGCUAAGGGUACAGCGCUGCAUUCGGCUUGUGCUCAUGGAGCUCAUCAGGGGCCCAAGCCUGCGCAGCCUUACGCUCACCGACGCCUUCUCACGCUACAGCACAGACGAUCGCCUGGAAACUUUCGCCAUGGUGCUGGAUGCGGCCGCACGCCAGCGCUUCGCCGGCGUCCAUCAGGGGGAUUUGGCAGCGCGAAACGUUGUGCUCCGCCCCAGUCCUCCGAUGUCGGCGGCGAACGGGGCUCGAUGCUUGCCCCAGCCUGUAAUCAUCGACUACAAUAGAGCCGUUGUAUACGAGCUCUCUUGCUUGGGCAGGCGUGGCCUCCAGUCUGAAAAGCUGCCGGACAAUCCCCUGCAGAUCUUCUGGGACUCGAGCUUCUCUGAGUUCAACCUCUGGUUGCCGCCGGCGUUCGAUAGCGCUGCAGUCCGCCAGGAAUGGUUGAGAAGGCGGUUCGGACAAGGCGAAGCAGAAAAGCAAUAUGCCCCUCUGAAUUCCCUUCGGCUCUCAACACGGGAAAAGACAAAAGAGGCGGAAGAGACGGAAGAACCCUAGACUGUAUCCCGCUAACUAACGUGCCUGGAUUGAAAUACUGAAAGACUAG